UGUUAGAAUUUAAUAUUUCACUGUUUCUCCAAUGUCCUGACGCCCUUAUAGAAAAGCUUACAGCUGUUCUUCACACUCGCACAACACAACACCCAUGGCGAUCUCCCCUUUCCACCGCUUUCUCUUCUCUUCUACGCUUUCCAUUUCCACUUCUCUCAUUCAUCUCCUCCCAAUUCCCCCCCACAAUGCCGGUCAUCGGAAACUGCUUUGGAACUCCCAGGUUGAGAAGAAUCCACAGAACUCUCCGCAAUUUCAAGCUCACUGUCCUCUGUCUCUUUCUCACCGUUGUCGUUCUCCGCGGCACCAUCGGCCCCGUCCAGUUCGGAACUCCCGACCUGCGCAACCGUCUCCUCGUCGAGCAUCAGACCAAGUCGUUCAGCGGUAGAACGGAAAAACCCUACCGACUUGCCCCCCAGGUUUCCGAUUGGGAUGAACGAAGGAGGAAAUGGCUUAAAGACAAUCGCGGUUUCCCUAAUUUCAUCCGCCCAGGUAAGCCUAGGGUUUUGUUGGUUACUGGGUCUUCGCCUGAGAAAUGUGAGAAUCCCAUUGGAGAUCAUUACCUGUUGAAAUCGAUUAAGAAUAAAAUCGAUUACUGUAGGUUACACGGAAUCGAGAUUUUCUACAACUUAGCGAUUCUGGAUGAGGAAAUGACGGGAUUCUGGGGGAAGCUUCCAUUGAUACGGAAGCUUCUUCUCUCGCAUCCGGAAGUAGAAUUCAUAUGGUGGAUGGAUAGUGACGCCAUGUUCACCGACAUGUCGUUUGAAAUCCCAUGGGAUAAGUAUAAAGACUUCAAUUUCAUAAUGCAUGGUUGGAAAGAGAUGGUGUAUGAUCAAAGAAGCUGGAUAGGAUUAAAUACAGGGAGUUUCUUGAUGAGAAACUGCCAAUGGUCGCUCGACAUUCUCGACGCGUGGGCUCCGAUGGGGCCGAAAGGGAAAACCCGAGAUGAAGCGGGGAAAAUCCUAACGAACGAGCUGAAAGACAGGCCAACCUUUGAAGCAGAUGAUCAAUCUGCCAUGGUUUAUCUUCUGGCAACACAAAGGGAGAAAUGGGGAAGCAAAAUCUAUUUAGAGAAUUCCUAUAAUCUUCAUGGGUAUUGGGGGAUUUUGGUUGACAAAUUCGAGGAGACGGUAAGGGAAAAUUGGCCAUUGGUGACUCAUUUUGUGGGGUGUAAACCAUGUGGGAAAGCUGGGGAUUACCCUGUUGAGAAAUGCUUGAAAGCAAUGGAGAGAGCGUUUAAUUUUGGGGAUAAUCAGAUUCUUGAAAUGUAUGGAUUUGCUCAUAAAUCAUUGAUGAGCAGAAGAAUUGUAAAGAUUAGAGAUGUGAUUGAGAAUGAGGAUGGAUUGAUUCAACCAGUUCUUUCACCUGCUGUGGAAGUUGUUGAACCACCUUCUUCUAAAGCUACUGUGUCAUUGAAUAGAUAGAUAUGUUGGUCCCUUUGUUCAAUGUUUGUUCAUAGAUGUGUCAAUUAUGGUAUUUAGUAGGUGGGAAGAUUAUUGUAUAUUUUUGUUCCUCAAAAAAAAAAAAAAAAAAACUAGAGCAUGAUCCCAAAUGUUUGUAAAUGGAUUUGGCUUUGUAGGCUUUAGUGUAUUUCAUUCGGACAUGAGAGUUUGUGUAUAAAGUUAUUUAAUGAAAAAUGUUGAAUUUGGACCAAUGUUUCACCUCAA